ACGCAACCGUCAAAACAACAUCAGUGCGCUGUUCAGGCUGUUUCGUCGCUGCGGUGAAAACAAUCGUGAAGAGAGUGCGGAGCGCGGGUGAAUCGCGAGAAAAGUGACAAAAAUGGCCGAGGAAAAUCAAAACAUCAUCUACGCUCCGGCAGAUAAUGCCAUUAAAAUCAACAAAUGGAAGGUUAGAGAGGGCUAUCCUGUGACCAGCGGCAACAUUAUCCUGUUCUACGAGCUUCCGAACGGACCUGAAAAGGAUGUAAAACGCCUCAAAGCGACCAAAGCGGGCGUCGUCAAAAAGCGCCUCGCAAAGGAAGGUGAAAUUGUUGAUAAAGGGAAACCUUUGCUAGCGUUGGCACAGUGCAGUCAUACUACCGUUAUAAAGGAUAUGUGCGCGGAUUGUGGAGCGGAUCUGCGACAGGAUGAUCAGGCGGGUGGAUCAGAAGCAUCCGUUCCAAUGAUCCAUUCGGUGCCGGAAUUGAAAGUAACGGAAACGUUGGCGAAAAAGCUGGGGCAAGCAGAUACAGAACGCUUGUUAAAGGACAAGAAGUUAGUUUUGCUGGUUGAUUUGGAUCAAACUCUGAUUCACACCACUAACGAUAACGUACCCAACAAUUUAAAGGAUGUGUAUCACUUUCAACUCUACGGACCGAAUUCACCAUGGUACCACACAAGGCUACGGCCAGGAGCUUUACAGUUUCUAGACAAAAUGCAUCCCUAUUACGAGCUGCACAUCUGCACGUUUGGAGCACGUAACUAUGCGCAUAUGAUUGCUCAAUUCCUCGAUCAGGACGGUAAACUUUUUUCGCACCGUAUCCUGUCACGUGAUGAGUGCUUCAAUGCCACAAGCAAAAUGGAUAACUUGAAAGCCCUUUUCCCAUGUGGAGACUCAAUGGUUUGCAUUAUCGAUGAUCGAGAGGACGUUUGGAAUAUGGCAGCUAAUCUGAUCCAGGUUAAACCUUAUCACUUCUUUCAACAUACCGGUGACAUCAAUGCACCUCCCGGGAUGUCCAAACACGAACUGGACGGAAAGGGCGUAGACUUCAAAGACCUAAUCAAUCAAUUUCCAAAAGAUAAGAAAAGCAAGAGCAAAAAUAACAGUCGACCACCAACGCCGAAAAUAGAAACGGAAGAGAUAAAACCAGAAGAUAGCACCGAGGAUGCAAAAAAUGUAUUGCCGGCUGGCGAAGAGUCAAUCGAAGAAACUGCUCCUAGAAAAGCUGCAGAAGAGAAGGAUGAAUUAAAAUCUGAUAAGAAAGCGGAAUCGGAAAAUGAAACGACUGAAAAUGAAUCUUUAGAUAAAAAUCAAGAUGACAAAAAUGAUAGUGAAAAGAACAAAGAAGAUAGUCUAAUAGAAAUUGAAGAUCCGGAUGAUUAUUUGCUUUAUUUAGAGCAUAUAUUGGUGAAAAUUCAUCAGACGUUCUAUGAAGAGUACGAGAGUACCAAGCAGAUAUCGGACUUGAAAAGACUAAUCCCGCAGGUAAAAUCCCAGGUACUAGUUGGUUUCAAUUUGGUCUUUUCUGGUUUGGUACCGAACAGCAUGAAGCUUGUGGAAAGCAAAGCGUACCAGGUGGCGCGCAGUUUAGGCGCCAAUGUUACGCAGGAUUUCCAACCCGACACGACGCACCUGGUGGCAGUCACGUUCGGCACAUCUAAAGUGCAUAACGCACGAAAAAAUCCAAAAAUCAAGGUUGUCACCCCGGAAUGGCUGUGGGCUUGCGCCGAGCGGUGGGAACACGUUGAAGAGCUGCUCUAUCCGCUGAAGCAAUCGAAACCGUCCAAGAUGAGACAACCUCCGCCGCACUGUCAUAGCCCUGAACAUGCUGUAAGUUAUGGAGAAAAUCGAAACGCAAGUGGUCCUUCAAAACAGCGUGGCGACACCCAACAGGAACCACCCAAGUUCAUCGACACGUUAAAUCCGUUGCUCAGCUUCUCCAACGACGACUUGGACGCUAUGAACAACGAUUUCGAGGAGUGCUUCGAAUCGGACGACGAUAGCAGCAGCGACGAAGAACCCGUCGACAUUGAAAAUCCUCCGAUGAACAAGACGUUGCGCAAGAGAAAACGCAGGGAGGAAAAAGAGAACCGAAGGAACAUCUUCAAAAAACAGGAAGAAGAGGGUUCCAUUAUCAAGUACAGCGAGCUUGAGGAAAACGACAACAGCCAAACGAACCUCAGCUCGGACGAAGAUGAAAGUCCGAGCGCCAAGUUCCGGCGGGGAUGUGCUCUUCCUUCCGACUUGGAUAUGGGAUCCAACAGCGAGGGCAGCGAAGAACCCCUGGACGAUGUGGACGACGGCGAUUGGAAUAUGAUGGGAGCGGCGCUCGAGCGGGAGUUUCUCGGAUUGGACGAGUAGGACACACACCACCACGGCAAGUAUAGGUUUUGUUAGUACAAAGGGAAACAGUGACCUCACGUGUGGGCGGUUUAUCUGACUUGUUUAUGCACCGACCCUUAAGCCCUGACCUCAAGGCUUUCUUGUUAUGAUGAAUGUACAUAUAGAAUAACCCAGUUUCUAAUCUUUAGGACAGCUUUAAGUUAUAUUCCAUCAAUUGUACACUAGUAGUUUUGAAA